ACACACACAUACAAUAUUACAGAUUUGUUCGUGUGUGUAUGUGUGUGUUCAUGUACAUACGGAUAUAUCACAUGCGAGUAACCGCUUUGAGAGAAGCUCUUUGUCAGACGAGUUCGGGGAACCACAAAUGGCGGCGAAUGAAGAAAUUAUCGAAGAAAUUCUGACCUGCAGUAGUUCUGCGAAUGAAGAGGAGAUUGUGCACAUAAUCCAAAGUAGCGAAGAUCAAGAUGCACCUCAGGAAACAGGUCUUACACAGGAGGAAAGGGAGAGCCAAGAGCAUAAGGAACUUGUGUUUUGGGUACCAGCCUUGUUGAUGGUAGGGAGGGAACAACAAAGGAUAACAGUAACACAGGAAGAGUUAAAGAGGAGAGUUGCUCCACCUGAAUGCUUAAGACACGGACAACCAGAACUCUUCCUCGAAUCAAGGUUGAGGUUGUCAAAAUCAGCUGAGUACUGCCAUUGA